AUGGGUUUUUGGUUCAGUCUGAUAUGGGCACUAGCGGACACGAAUCGGGACGGUAUGCUUGACGUUCGAGAAUUCUCCAUAGCUAUGCGGUUGACACGAAAUUGCCUCGCCGGUCUUCCAUUACCUCCCACUCUACCUCCAUCUCUGAUGCAAGUGCCAGUCGGAAGUGGUCCACCACAAGUGCAACCGCACAUGAAUGCGAUGCCACAUCCGAAUGCUGUGUAUACACCAGGUUAG